AUGGUAACGUCAGGGACGCGGGACCCCGUCAUGUUGUCCGGGACGCAGCUGCUCAGGGUCCUGCUCAGCGAGCGGCUGGAGGCGGCGGCUCAGGAGAUCUUCCGCCUGGUGGAGAAACACGUGUCGGCUGCAGGGGAGAGGCUGCAGGUGGACCGGCUGCAGGGGACGGGCUGCAGGGGGAGAGGCUGCAGGGAGAGGCUGCAGGGGAGCGGCUGCGGGUGGAGAGGCUGCAGGGGGACCGGCUGCAGGUGGACCGGCUGCAGGGGGAGAGGCUGCAGGGGAGAGGCUGCAGGGGAGCGGCUGCAGGUGGAGAGGCUGCAGGUGGACCGGCUGCAGGGGGAGAGGCUGCAGGAGACCGGCUGCAGGGGAGCGGCUGCAGGGGGAGAGGCUGCAGGUGGACCGGCUGCAGGGAGCGGCUGCAGGGGGACGGGCUGCAGGGGGAGAGGCUGCAAGAGGACCGGCUGCGGGGGAGAGGCUGCAGGGGAGAGGCUGCAGGUGGAGCGGCUGCAGGUGGACCGGCUGCAGGGGAGAGGCUGCAGGGGAGAGGCUGCAGGUGGACCGGCUGCAGGGGAGCGGCUGCAGGGGGAGAGGCUGCAGGGAGACCGGCUGCAGGGAGACCGGCUGCAGGGGGACCGGCUCCAGGGGGACCGGCUCACCUCAGCUACAGACGCCCAGUUCGUCUCUGAGGAAGCGUUUCCCUCACAGCUGCCAGACCAGGUUCCCACUGUGGAGAAGACUGAGACCAGUGAACCUCAGCAGGUCAAAGAGGAGCAGGUGGAUCUCUGCAUCAAACCAGAGCUGGAGGCUGAUUCUUCUGAGCCUGUUGAAGUCAAACUUUCUGGAUCGAACACUCGGACAGACCGCCCGCUGUCGCCAUCCCUCAGUGAGCUCACUGUGACGCUGGGCGAUGACGGUGAAUGGGAAGGUAGUGGCAGCUCGGGUUCGUCCUCCGGUGCACUUCCUACGGGUCGGGGACGAGCUCAAAAGGACAAGAAGGUUUGUCGUUUCUGUCGCAAGCAGUUCAACAGGGACUCCGCUCUGAUCAGACACAUGGAAGAGAGGCACUUGGGAGAGAAGGCCUUUAAAUGCACCGACUGCGACAGGCAGUUUUCUCGUAGGGACCAUCUGGCCGUGCAUUUGAGAAUUCACACCGGAGAAAAGCCGCACAUGUGUCCGUUCUGUGCAAAAACCUUUGCUCAGAGUUCAAAUCUCAACCGUCACUUGAGGGGUCACACGGGAGAAAAGCCGUACUUUUGCGAAUCCUGCGGCGAAAUGGUCGCCAAUAGCUAUCAUCUGAAAACCUGUGGCACCGCAGAUCCCAGAGGGGAAAGGUCAUUUCGCUGUUUGGUUUGUGGCAAAAAAUUUAAAACUGCAAUGAAACUGAGGGGACACGUGAAGAUCCACGAAGCCAGGAAACCACCGCACUCGACUGUGGAGCCUUCAGCUGAUGAUACGACGGAAUUAUCAUUUCAUAUAAAAAACUAAAGCCUGACUGCUCGAUCGGUCGGCCUAAAGAAAGUGGACAGAUAUCAGCCUUUCACACACACGUCAGUUAUUAUGUUUGCUGAUAUGAAAACUUUC